CAGCUUCUUCUUCAAGCUUAUUCCUCCGAAGCUGAACAUGGAAGCUCUCCCGUCCAGUUCUUCAAGGCAAAGCCUGCUCUUCUUCUUCCUCAUUGCCUUUUCUCUCCUCCUCCUCCUUCCCAGCUCCAAUGCUGCAGUCCACUACCAUGACUUCAUUGUCCAAGAAACGCCAGUGAAGAAGCUGUGCAAAACCCAUAACAUCAUCACCGUUAAUGGCCAGCUCCCCGGGCCGACCCUUGUGGUGCGCAAUGGCGAUACAUUGGUGGUCAAGGUGGUCAACCGGGGUCAAUACAAUGUCACAAUACACUGGCAUGGGGUUCGACAGAUGAGGACCGCAUGGGCCGAUGGACCUGAAUUCGUGACUCAGUGUCCGAUUAGACCGGGCGGACAUUACACAUAUAAGUUCACGAUUAAGGGUCAAGAAGGAACGUUAUGGUGGCAUGCACAUAGCUCAUGGCUUCGGGCGACCGUGUAUGGAGCUCUUAUUAUUCUCCCGGAGAAGGAUAAGGGUUAUCCUUUCGCCAAGCCGGAUAGACAAUUUCCUAUCAUACUUGGUGAAUGGUGGAACCGAGAUCCCAUCUCCGUCGUCCGCCAAGCCACCUUCACCGGCGCCGCCCCCAACGUCUCCGACGCCUUCACCAUCAACGGCGAACCAGGCGACCUCUACAACUGCUCUUCCCCAACCACCACCAUCUUCCCCAUCAAACAGGGAACCACCAACCUCCUCCGCUUCAUCAACGCCGCCCUCAACACUGAGCUCUUCAUCUCCAUCGCCGGACACUCCGUCACAGUCGUCGGCGCCGACGCUUCCUACACCAAACCCUUUACCACCUCCGUCCUCAUGCUCGCCCCCGGCCAAACCACCGACGUCCUCCUCACCGCCAACCAACCCCCUUCCCGCUACUACAUCGCCGCCCACGCUUACUCCAGCGCCCAAGGCGUCGCCUUUGACAACACCACCACCACCGCCAUCCUCCAAUACGAUUGCGGCUGCUUCCCCAAAUCCAACCCCCCCUCCUUCCCUCUCCUCCCCGCCUUCAACGAUACAAACACCGCAACCUCUUUCUCAAGAAAGUUCGCCAGUCCUUCCACUGUUCAAAUCCCAUCCCCUGUUACCGAUAACCUUUUCUUCACCGUCGGAUUAGGCCUCCUCCCCUGCCAGCCCGGAAGAACAUGCGGCGGCCCCAACGGCACUCGCUUUGCCGCCAGCAUAAACAACGUCUCAUUCGUUCUCCCAUCAGCCGUCUCCAUCCUGCAAGCACACGAGCUCGGUGUCAACGGUGUUUUCAACACCGACUUCCCUUCUUCCCCUCCGAUUCAAUUCGACUACACCGGAAACGUGAGCCGCGCGCUCUGGCAGCCGGUGCCGGCAACUAAAGUUUACAAAUUGAAAUACGGAGCGGUGGUUGAGUUGGUGUUGCAGGGGACGAGCAUUGUGACGGCGGAGAACCAUCCGAUACAUCUCCAUGGAUAUGAUUUCUAUAUUCUGGCCGAAGGAUUUGGAAACUUUAAUCGGGCGACGGAUACGGCGAAGUUUAAUUUGGUGAAUCCGCCGCUGAGGAACACGGUGGGGGUGCCGGUGAACGGGUGGGCGGUGGUGAGAUUUGUGGCGGAUAAUCCGGGGGUGUGGCUUCUUCAUUGCCAUUUGGAUGUGCAUAUUACUUGGGGGUUAGCAAUGGCGUUCUUGGUGGAGAAUGGUCUCGGAGAGCUGGAGGCGUUGGAGCCGCCGCCGUUGGAUUUGCCGCCGUGCUAGAAGGACUGGAGGGAGAUGAGGAACGAGGGAUUACAAAAAAUGUGUUUUUUUCUUAAACGGAAAUUUAUAUAAAUGGCACCCAAUUUUUAUGUAUUUAUA